AUGGCUGACGAACAAUCCAUUCGGCCAUUCGGCCCAGCUCGUUCCACCAUCAACGGCACUCCGCUGAGCUCCUCCGAUAUUGCUUUGUACAACGACUAUUUCAAGGCCAGCUGCUACUUGUCUUUGGGUAUGAUUUACCUCCGAGACAACCCGUUGCUUCGGGAGCCUCUGAAAAAGUCACACUUGAAGCAGCGUCUUCUUGGCCAUUUUGGAUCUGCCCCCGGCCAGAUUUUCACCUAUAUGCACUUCAACCGCCUCAUCAAAAAGUACGAUCUGGACGCCUAUUUCGUUUCUGGACCUGGCCAUGGCGCACCCGCUGUGCUGUCACAGUCCUACCUGGAAGGCGUCUAUUCAGAAGUCUACCCAGAAAAGUCUCUGGAUGUUGACGGUCUUCAAAAGUUCUUCAAGUACUUUUCAUUCCCUGGUGGUAUUGGCUCUCACGCCACCCCGGAAACCCCUGGUUCCAUUCACGAAGGUGGUGAAUUGGGUUAUUCUGUUUCCCAUGCGUUUGGCUCCGUCUUUGACCACCCAGACUUGAUUGCCUUGACCAUGGUUGGUGAUGGUGAAGCCGAGACCGGUCCUCUGGCGACUUCAUGGCACUCAACCAAGUUUCUUAAUCCCAUAACGGACGGAGCGGUCUUGCCGGUCUUGCAUCUCAACGGCUACAAAAUUAACAAUCCCACGAUUCUUGCCCGUAUUUCUCACGACGAGCUCAAGAAUCUGUUUAUUGGCUACGGCUGGGAACCCUUCUUUGUUGAGGGCGACGAGUUGGACAGCAUGCAUCAGGCCAUGGCCUCAACUCUUGAACACUGCGUACGCCUGAUCAAAAACUAUCAGAAGGAGGCGAGAGAUAGCGGGAAAGCGUUCCGUCCCAGAUGGCCAAUGAUUGUUUUGCGAACGCCCAAGGGGUGGACUGCGCCUCGAAAAAUCGAUAACAACUACCUUGGAGGAUUCUGGCGAGCGCACCAGGUCCCCAUCACCGAUGUCAACACCAACUCUGAGCAUCUCAAGGUUCUCGAAGAUUGGAUGCGUAGCUACGAGCCGGAAAGACUCUUCGAUAAGCAAGGUGCGCCAGUUGCCGCCUUGCGAGCCCUAUGCCCUGAGGGACAUCGUCGCAUGAGUGCCAACUUGGUCACUAAUGGGGGUCUUAUUAAGAAGCCCCUCAAGAUGCCUGAUUUUAAAGAGUAUGGCAUCAAGGUCGAUCGACCCGGUGCCACAAUGGUCGGUAGCAUGACAAAUAUGGCCGGCUUCCUGAGAGACAUCAUGGCUUUGAACACGCAUAACUUCAGACUAUUCGGUCCCGACGAAACGGAAUCGAAUAAACUGGCUCGAGUUUAUGAGGCAGGAAAGAAGGUUUGGAUGGGUGAUUACUUCGAGGAAGAUGCCAAUGGCGGCAAUCUUGCCAUGGCUGGACGUGUCAUGGAGAUGCUCUCCGAGCAUACUUGCGAAGGAUGGCUCGAGGGUUAUAUUCUGAGCGGUCGUCAUGGUCUGUUGAACAGCUACGAGCCGUUUAUUCAUGUUAUUGACUCCAUGGUUAAUCAACACUGCAAGUGGAUUGAAAAGUGUCUCGAGGUGGAAUGGCGAGCCAAGGUUGCGUCACUCAACAUCCUCCUGACUGCUCUUGUUUGGCGACAGGACCACAAUGGCUUCACCCAUCAGGAUCCCGGAUUUCUUGACAUUGUUGCCAAUAAAAGCCCCGAGGUUGUUCGAAUUUACUUGCCUCCCGAUGGCAACUGUCUCCUAUCCGUCAUGGAUCAUUGCUUCAGAUCCAACAAUUACGUGAACGUCAUUGUUGCCGACAAGCAAGAUCACCUACAAUACCAGGACAUGGAAAGCGCGGUUCAGCACUGCACCAAGGGAAUCGGUAUAUGGACAGCGUUUAGUACUGACAUCGGUUGCGAACCUGACCUCGUAAUGGCUUCCUGUGGAGAUGUCAGCACUCAAGAGUCCAUUGCCGCUGUCGAUCUGCUGCUAAACUACUUCCCUGAUCUCAAAAUCCGCUUCGUCAAUUGUGUCGACUUGUUCAAGCUUAUUCACCCAUCUGACCACCCGCACGGCCUCACUGACAGGGAAUGGCUCAGCAUCUUUACCGAAACCACCCCCAUCAUCUUCAACUUCCACAGCUACCCCUGGAUGGUGCAUCGUCUCACCUAUAAACGCCCUGGCAACCACAAUAUUCAUGUGCGAGGAUACCGUGAGAAAGGCAACAUCGAUACGCCACUUGAACUGGCUAUCCGGAACCAGACUGAUCGUUUCAGCCUCGCUAUCGAUGCUAUUGACCGUAUGAAGUCUCUGCAUAACCGCGGUGCUUCGGCUCGACAGGCACUACUAGACCAACAGAUUGCUGCACGAAACGAGGCCUUUGACAUGGGCAUGGAUCCGCCAGCUUUGUCGAAGUGGACGUGGCAACGAAAUGGGCUUUGGAAGAAAGCUGCCGACAAGAUAUCCAUUAGUACAAAACAGUAA